CUGCAAAAACUAAUUAGUAUUAUUAUGUUACAGCAACAAAAGAAUCUUGAAGGAUAUGUGGGGUUUGCCAACCUUCCCAAUCAAGUGUACAGAAAGUCUGUGAAGAGAGGAUUUGAAUUCACAUUGAUGGUUGUGGGUGAAUCAGGAUUAGGGAAGUCAACGCUCAUCAACUCUUUGUUUCUGACAGACCUGUAUUCAUCAGAGUAUCCAGGUCCUUCACAUAGGAUUAAAAAAACAGUUAUGGUUGAACAGUCAAAAGUAUUCAUUAAAGAAGGCGGUGUUCAACUACUACUCACAAUAGUCGAUACUCCUGGAUUUGGAGAUGCUGUGGACAACAGUAACUGUUGGCAGCCUGUCAUCGAUCACAUAGACAGCAAAUUUGAAGAUUACCUGAAUUCUGAAUCCCGUGUGAACCGACGCCAAAUGCCAGACAGCAGAGUCCAUUGUUGUUUAUACUUUAUUGCUCCUUCAGGCCACGGACUAAAGCCUUUGGAUAUUGAAUUCAUGAAGCGCCUACAUGAGAAAGUUAACAUAAUUCCACUCAUUGCCAAAGCCGAUACCCUCACUCCAGAAGAAUGCCAACAGUUCAAGAGACAGGUGAUGAAAGAAAUCCAAGAACACAAAAUAAAGAUCUAUGAAUUCCCGGAAACAGAUGAUGAAGAAGAAAAUAAGUUGGUAAAGAAGAUAAAGGAUCGUUUACCUCUUGCUGUUGUGGGCAGUAAUACUACCAUAGAGGUAAAUGGAAAACGUGUCCGGGGUCGACAGUAUCCCUGGGGAGUAGCAGAGGUUGAAAAUAGUGAGCACUGCGACUUCACAAUUCUACGAAACAUGCUGAUCAGAACUCACAUGCAGGACCUGAAGGACGUAACCAACAAUGUUCAUUACGAGAACUACAGGAGCAGGAAGUUGGCUGCAGUUACAUACAAUGGUGUCGAUAACAAUAAAAACAAAGGACAGUUAACCAAAUUUGACACAGUUGAAGGCAUAAGUCCUUUAGCCCAGAUGGAGGAAGAACGGAGAGAACAUGUGGCAAAGAUGAAGAAGAUGGAGAUGGAAAUGGAACAAGUCUUCGAAAUGAAAGUCAAGGAGAAGAUUCAGAAACUGAAAGAUUCCGAGGCAGAGCUCCAGCGACGCCAUGAACAAAUGAAGAAGAAUUUAGAAGCACAGCACAAAGAGCUAGAGGAGAAGCGUCGCCAGUUCGAAGAUGAGAAGCAGCACUGGGAGGCUCAGCAGCGCAUCUUGGAGCAGCAGAAGUUGGACUCCACCAGGACUUUGGAAAAGAACAAGAAGAAAGGGAAGAUAUUUUAACCAUUUGAAUGCCACGAAUUAUGUACUUGCCAAUUUGCCACCCCUGGACAUAAUUUUUUUUUGAAAGGAUUCAACUUUGCACCUAUUAUCUCUAUAAUGUUAAUGUAUUAGCAUGUGAAAUGGCCAACUUAAUACUAUGUACAUUAAUUUCUAUUUGUAGUCUCUGAUAUAGGAAGUUAGACAAGUCUCACGUUAUCUGGGGUGUAUUGUAUGUAGAGACACAACAUCUGAAUUUUUUUUUAAACUGAUGCCUCCCUUUUUAUGCAGAUAAAUGUAUUUCCUUUUAUGCAAUCAUGUUCUGGUGGUUUGUUUACAGAAUAUUAUCUGUUCUUCCACAGAUGUGAGAACUUUGAAAAAUGCCUAGAGAAACAGUGCUAUAAUUUGUUGUAAUUUCACUCCGAUGUAGAAAUAACACAACUUUAUGGGGAUUGAGUGGAGAUAGUCCAACUUGUUCUGGUGUGGUCCAGCACUUGUUUCUCUUCCACCUUUCACUGUUCUGUCCCCAAAACAUCCAGAAAUAUUUAAACUAACAGGCUCAGCCACUUAUGUAUUGUGUUGUCUUAGAUUUUCGCUGUUUUCAUUCAAUAAUUAAUGUUCUCUCGUAAAACAUUAACUUUUGUAAUUGCUUCAUUUAUUGUAACAAUUAAUUUAGAUAUUUCAUUUAUUGCCCAGCAACAUGCUGACAUUUUUUUUUAAAAA